AUGGCAAUUGUAACACCCACAAAUUCGGGCCCUUGGUCAAAAGAGGAAGAUGAAGAAUUACUUCAACUAGUAGAGCAAUAUGGACCCAAAAAAUGGUCAACCAUUGCACAACAGUUACCUGGUCGCAUUGGUAAGCAGUGUCGUGAGAGGUGGCAUAAUCAUCUGAAUCCUGCCAUAAACAAGGAGGCUUGGACUCAAGAAGAGGAGUUGAUGUUGAUUAAAGCUCAUCAAUCUUAUGGAAAUAAAUGGGCUGAGCUCACUAAGUUCUUGCCUGGGAGGACAGAUAAUGCUAUCAAGAAUCAUUGGAACAGUUCAGUUAAAAAGAAACUGGAAUCCUACCUGGCAUCAGGCUUGCUUACUCAGUUCCAAGGUCUGCCAUGUGUCACUCAUACAAAUCACUCAACUCCUACUUCAUCAAGAACACAACAAUGUAGUGGAGACAAUAAUAAUAGCAUUCAUAAAGAUUUUGAGGAAAUCUCUGAAUGCAGCCAACCCUCAACUUUAGUCAGAUGUUCAUCACAGUCCCAUCAUGACAUGGCAAAAGAAAUGGUGGUAGAUGAUGACAUGGCAGACACAAUCGUUCUAUACACCACAGAUGAUCCCCAAGAAAAUUUGAAUCGUGGGAAUGAAGAAGGGCAGCCUUCCUCCAGUGAAUUCCAAAUUCAGAGUACAAUGUUGAGGACGGAAUCGGAAUUGGAAAACCCGGAUUCAGUUUUGAGAGAGGACCCGGAAUUGGCAACUUCGGAUUCAGUUUUGAGACAGGAACCGGAAUUGCGAAACCCGGAUUUGAUUGUGAGGGUGGAAUCGGAAUCAGAUUUCUUGCAGUGUAUAGAUGUUGAUCAGAACAAUGAUGUUGGUUUUGAUAUGGAUCCACACCCACGUGAAGGAUCAUCCGAUUCCUUAUUUUAUCAACAACCGAACUCCGGAAUCCCUGAUUCCGACGCUUCAAAUCCGGAAUCAUAUUAUUCUCUCUUGAUGGGGACUGCAUCCGAUCAAUUUAACGCUCUUUCUGUUGGAAACCAAGAAUUCACCGGACUUAUUUACAACUCCGGAAUCCCUGAUUCCACUGAUUCUCAUUUCAUUAACGAUCAAGAUAAUGUAGGGGCACAAGAAGAAGUAAAUGGCACUCAAAUUCUUCCAUCAGUUGAUGACAACAGUGGUUUUCAAGAAAACAUUACUCAAACCCAUCCAUCAAAUGACGAAUCCCAUGCUUUACAAACAGAAAUGAAUCCAGGAUUCCUAUCUUAUGAGCCACCACAGUUUCCAUCAUCAGACAUUCCGUUUUUUAGCUGUGAUUUGAUACAAUCUGGUGGAGAAUUACAUCAUGAAUAUAGUCCACUUGGUAUUCGUCAACUUAUGAUGACAUCAUCAAUGAGCUGUUUCAGUCCAUGUAGAUUAUGGGACUCCCCUUCACGCGAUGACCCUCCUGAAGUGGUGUUGAAAAAUGCUGCCAAGACUUUUAUGUGUACACCAUCGAUUAUGAAAAAGAGAAAUCGGGAAUUGUUGUCGCCUUUAUCUGAAAAAAGAUGUGGGAAAAAGGUGGAAUGUGUCUCGAUUCUUAACAUGGCUAAAGAUAAAGAAAAUUUGAAUCCAGAUGAUAAUGAAUUAUCAGCAGCUCAAAAAGAGGGGAACAAAAACACAAACACAACAGCAAAAGUUGAAGAUCCAAGUGGAGGAGGAGGAGGAGGAGUUGUUGAACAGAAUUUAGAUGAUUUAUUAUUUUCUCCUGAUAAAUUUGCAAACAAGUUAUAUACUACACCUAAGGGCCCACGUGCUGCUAGAACAACACCUGGAAGAAUGAGCUCAAAGAGAAACAACAAGGGGGGAGGUGGAAGUCGGUUUGGUGCAUCCUCUGUACAAUUACAAUCUUGCCCUUCAUCAUCAGAACCUCUUGAAGUUACUGUUGAUGAUGCUGUGGUUGAAAACUCCGGAAUAUUUGGGGAAACUCCAUUCAGGAAAAGUUUGGAAUCACCUUCUGCAUGGAAAUCACCUUGGUUCUCUUUUGUGCCUGGUCCAAGAGUUGAUACAGAUAUUACAGUUGAGGAUAUGGGUUACUUUACGAGUCCGGGUGAAAGAAGCUAUGAUGCUCUUGGGUUGAUGAAACAGUUAAGUGAACAUACAGCUUCAGCAUAUGCAAAUGCUCGGGAGGUUUUGGGAGAUGAAACUCCUGAUUCCAUUCUAAAGAAAAGAUUCUCAGAAAAAGGCGAAAAGACUCGACAAGAAUCAAAUCUUCCGAGUGAAAGAAGGGUGUUGGAUUUUAGUGAAUGUGGGAGUCCAAGGAAGGGUGGUGGUGGUGGUGUAAGUUUGACAAGCCCAUCUUCCUACCUCUUGAAAAGUUGCAGGUAGAGAUUGUGGAGUGGUGGUCAAUGUGUACAACAAACAUCUUAAUUUUUAUAAAUUUUAUAUAUUUUUGAUAUCAAAUUGCCAUUUGUUGUGUUAACAUAUGGAUUUCUCUUCUUUUCUCUACCCGACCCAUAUCUUAUUUUGAACUAAUAUAAACUUAAUUAAAAUCAUCGUAUAUCUAUAUCUAUAUAUCUUAUCUAUGAAUUCAGGUUGUGUUAUUUGUUUGGGCAUAUCAAUAUGUUUAAUAAACAGGUUGAGAAAUCUCAACUUGACACAAUGAUUGAAUGGGUUGUAUGUUCGAUAAAUAAGUUGAAAUUGGGUUGGACUUAUUUAAUG